AUGAGCAGCCCAGAGUGGCAGUCCUCCUGCCCUCCAUUCCUGUCUCCGGCCUCUUGCCUGGACUUCCACUCUUCAGCAAACGCAGAGCCCCUGGUAGCCCAUGAGCCCGGCUGGCCGAGUAAUAGAGAACCCGUGGACCUGAAGGUGGCCAUGCUAGAGAUGGUGGAGAGGCUAAAAUUCAAGUGUGGGGACCCCAGAGUCAGCAGGAAGGAGAUGAAGGUAUGCAUCCAGCAAGAAUUCGACAAAGUGCGGCAACAGGUCUGUGAGGAGGAACGGAAGGCCCUUCACCUGGUGGACCUCCAGGAAGCCGUGGCCACAGCGCAUGUGACAGAAGUCUUGGCUGAAAUCCACGUCCACAUGGAAAAGUUGAUGGCAGAAAUGGCAGAGAUCAGACACCAGCUUGAUGCCUUCAAUGAGUUAGCUUCCAUGAAACCAGAGAUCAGAGAUGAAGAAUUCAGGCUCAAUCCUUUCCCCGCCAUCCCUCCAAACCGAGGGACUCGUAGAUACGAUGAUAAUGACCCCUCCUCAGCCAACGGGCCCUUCUGA